AUGAACAUCACGCUCCUACGACCACCACCACCAUCACCAAUCUCAACCUCUCACCAACCCCUCGCACUUCACCACCACCGCACUUCUUCUUCUCCGUUCAACUUCCCCAAAACCAAAACCACUACCUCCAACUCUUUUGUGUUGAACUCCACAAACCCUUCCUCACUCUCCGCAACAUUAAAAUCAGAACCACGCGACUAA